GGUUCUGCAGCUUGUUUCCUGGCAGUAUCUUAAUGGCCGCAGAAUUCACCUACUUCGAAGUGGUCCAUCUCAUCUCAUACCAAUCGAUCAUUAUGCGUACCUCUCAAAUGCAGUCCUUGAGGCGAGGCCUUGACAGAGUCGAAGAGGAGGAUCUAGUGGACUACGACGACUCCGACAACGAAACACAGACUCAGAGUUCACCAAUCCCCCGAAAGUACUCACUAGACAUAUUCUCAGACGAACCAGCCCAGGAGCUAGUAACGAGGAACGAUGAGCCUCUUGACAAGGCAGCGGGCCCUUCCACACUGACCGCAGCGAAGACAGCACAAGCGGCUGCUUUAAUCAGCACUCUAUCGAAUCUGCUUAGCGACUCGAUUUUCAGAAAAUCCUUGGGCUUAUCCGGGUCUGGAGAUACUGUGGACUUUAGUUUCUGGGCCAGUGGCUUUGACUUUGCCGUCAAUCUGAAACUCAUCGGUACAGCCGAGGUCAAAGAUUGCAAGUACGGAGCAGAGUGCCGCAACGUAAAAUGUACGUUUGGUCACAAUGAAGUUGAUCGCGCAGCAAAGCUAGCUGGCCGCAAGCCCAAAAAGCUAUGCUCUAUGAUCAAUACGCCAAACAGCUGUUCUAAAGGGGAGACUUGCUGGUUCUCGCACGAGGCAGAAGGAGUCGCGUGUACCCAUGGUAACACGCGGGCUACUUGUCCUAAAGGCACGUUCUGCGUCUAUAAGCAUUCAGAUGACGAGGUCGUCGCUUCGAUCGAGAAUCAUUCAGUGGACAUCGGCCAGACUGGGGAGACUGGAGAAGUCGAAAGCCUGCCCCAGGCGACAAUCAAGGUCAAGGAGAUUGAAGCUCCAAUUCAGACCCCGGCUCAUGACCGGUCGAGGGUGUUGUCUACAUCACAUCCCAAUGCAUCCACCCCACGACCACACGAAGCAGGAAGUAAGCGCAACUUUAGGUCUAGAGACAACACAGAGGACAUUGAAGGUGGACCGCGUAAAAGACGGCGUUUUCAAGAACACUGUGAUCGUCAGAAUCGGCACAUCAUUCGAGGUUCUCCUCGCCCAGGGCGACUGCACUCCGAGAGACCCUGGAACGGUCGUAACGACAGUGGAUACCCACCAAGGCUGAUUCGUGGGAGUGGACGUGGUAGGAAGAGCGGUUGA